UUCGCCCUGAUCUAGGAGCUUGUUCCUUCAGAAACUUGAAGAGAGCUUAUUUUAGCUUGGUGCAUAUCACCACAGAAGAACUAUGGACCUUUCUUUAUAAUUCUCUUAGUCUAGAGCAUCUGGAACUUGGGUUUUGCCAUGAGAUAGAUUGUUUAAAAUACCUUGCACACUGCAGCUGCUUAAUUUCUUGCGGGUCAGACGAUGCAACUUGCUGCAGUUAAUAAUGAGUGAUGCUCCAAAUCUCUCCACCUUUUACUAUGAAGGGCCCCUAAUACAGUUGUCACUUGGAGAUUCACUGCAACUGAAGCAUGUAAACAUAUCAAUCUACCCUUGGUUUAAUUUGUUUGAAUAUGCUCGCAAGGAGCUCCCAACAGUUGCCCCAAACGUUGAAACUCUGUUCCUGAUGUCUGCGAAUGAGGUUGGUUAUUUCUAUCCACUCAUAGUUCAACCGCAUGGAAGAUUCCUGCACCUCAAGUAUCUGGAGCUUGCGAUUGUUGGACCAAGGGAUUAUGGCUUUGGCUAUCAGUACGCUUAUCUGGUUACUUUCCUCAGAGCUUCUCCUGUGCUGGAAACUUUUAUCUUGCACGUGGAGGAGUCUGCUAAAGAACCCUAUCCAUUGGUUUUUAAUCCUAAAUACCUAAAAAUACAUUUGUCACCAGAACAUAGCCACCAGAGCAUCAAGCAUGUGACAGUAACCGGUUUUUGCCACAAGCAGGAACUAGUGGAGCUGAUAUUUUAUAUCCUUGAGAACGCAACUUCGCUUCAGUGCCUUACACUGGACAACCGAAUUCGUGGUUUUGGGAAGGACUUGGUGGCGUGCAUCACACAAGACACUGGAACCCGUGAUUAUCAAGAAUGGUGGAAUAAUUUUGGUGUCAAAGAGAGAAUUCUACAUUUUUUUAGGAGAGAAUUUUAUCCAAAGUCAGACUGGGAGGCUUACUGUUCUUAUGUUGCUAUCAGAAAGUAUAUCAUUGAAAGGGUUCCCUCAUCCGUAGAACUGAAGAUACCCGUUGUGCCUUCAGAUGAAAUUAUAUCCCGUCUUUCUAAGGUAGAAAGUGAGCUGCUGAAAGACUAGCAACUAACGACAAAGGAUGUGAUAUCGUUCAUGAAAAGUUUGCAAACCUUCAGUCCUGCAUUUUCGAUGUUAGAUGAACAGACCCUGCUUGUAAAAUCAUAUUGUUCCUAAGUUACGUCAAAAUAACUUUCAGAUACUCUCACUCUGCAAAUCAGUCAAUGGCAUGGCCAUAGGUCGACUUUUCAGUUACCUGAAAAUGUUUAAGCCCUAAAUAGAUUUUGAGCCAUUUGUUUAGGAUUUCGGAUUUGUUUCAUAUCUUGUUGAGAUUGUUCGGCCCUAUUUCUCCUUUGUCAA